UGACUGGAAGGAGUUUUUUCUGGCUGGCUACAGUGUUUGGAGAUUAGUUGCUGACAAAAAGCAACAGAGGAGGCGUCUGAGUGGAGAAGGUGUAAAGUCAGAAGACUCCCAAGAGCGUUGUCCUUCCUCAUACUGCUGAUCUGGAGCCAGAGAAUCCCUACUGAGUUUUUAGAGCUCUGUGUUUCUUUGAUCAAGUCCCAAGAAGAUAAGUUUUUAUUUUCUCAAAGAAAGGCAGAAGGUUGUAACCAGUGGAACUUACCAUCAUGGAGACGGACAGCCGUCACCACCCCCAGGAGAGACCCACACCCUCCAGCCAUCGGAGGACUUCAGGGGACAACAGUCAUUUGUUGAUAGAAGCUGUCAGAGGAGACAUAAAGCGGGUCCAGCAAUUGCUGGAAGAAGGGGCUGAUGUCAAUUUCCAGGAAGAGGAAGGGGGCUGGUCCCCUUUGCACAAUGCAGUAAAGAUCGGAAGGGAGGACAUGGUGCAUCUUCUGCUCUGUCACGGUGCGGACCCUUGUCUGAGGAAGAGGAAUGGGGCCACUCCCUUCAUCGUUGCUGGGAUUGUGGGACAUGUGCAGCUGCUGAAGCUUCUGCUUUCUAAAGGCGCCCAGGUCAAUGAGCGUGAUCACCAUGGCUUCACAGCGUUCAUGGAAGCCGCUUGGUAUGGCAAGGUCGAAGCCUUGCGAUUCCUAUAUGAGAAUGGAGCAGAGGUGAAUUUGGGUCGAGAGACUAUGGAGGACCAAAAGAAGCUUAAAAAGGGAGGGGCUACAGCUCUCAUGGAUGCUGCUAAAAAGGGACAUGUAGAGGCCUUGAGGAUCCUCCUCGACGAGAUGGGGGCAGAUGUGAAUGCCUGUGACAAUAUGGGCAGAAGUGCUCUGAUCCACGCUCUCGCAAACCUCAAGAAGAGUGACGUGGCGAUGAACAUCGCUCACCUUCUCUUGGCCCACGGGGCUAACAUCAACGUGAGGGGAGAAAAAGGGAAGACGCCCCUGAUUCUGGCAGUGGAAAACGAUCACUUGAAUGUGGUGAAGAUGCUUCUGGAGCAAGAACACAUAGAGAUCGAUGACACAGACAGGGAGGGCAAGACAGCGCUGCUGUGGGCUGUCGAGCUCCAGCGGACGGAGAUUGCCGAGUUGCUGUGUAGCAAGGGAGCCCGCACGGAUUGCGGGGACCUUCUUCGGUUAGCGAGGCGCUGUUACGACAGUGCCCUUGAAAAGCUUCUUCUGGACCACGGAGCCAAAGAAAACUAUCGACCCCCUGCUGUGGACUGGGAGCCUCACAGCUCGCACUGGGGGCCGGCCCUGAAACAUCUCCACAAGAUAUACCGCCCUAUGAUUGGCAAACUCAAGAUCUUCAUUGACGAAGAAUACAAAGUUGCUGACACUUCGGAAGGGGGCAUCUACUUGGGGUUGUACGAAGGGCAAGAGGUAGCUGUGAAACGGUUCCACGAAAACAGCACUCGUGGCCAAAACGAAGUGUCCUGUUUGCGAAGCAUCCGCACGAACAGUAACCUGGUGACAUUCUAUGGGAGUGAGCAGGACAGGGGCCUUCUGUAUGUGUGUGUCUUGCUCUGUGAGCAGACGCUGGAGAUGCACUUGGCCAAGCACAGACAGGAGGAGGCUGUGGAAAAUGAGGAAGAUGAGUUUUCCCGAAACAUCCUCUUAUCCAUAUUUAAGGCUGUUGCUGAGUUACACCUGUCAUGUGGGUACACGCAUGAGGAUCUGCAGCCACGGAACGUCUUAAUAGAUUCCAAGAAUGCUGUGCGCCUGGCAGAUUUUGACAAAAGCAGAAAGUGGGCUGGAGAGCCAGAGAAAACCAAGAGCGAUCUAGAGGCCCUUGGGCGGCUGGUCCUAUACGUGGUAAGGAAGGGAGAUGUCCCUUUUGAGACCCUGAAGACUCAAAGUAAUGAGGAGGUGAUUCAACAUUCUCCAAGUGAGGAAAGUCAGAACCUCAUUCAGCACCUGUUCUGCCCUGGGGAGAAUGAGAAGAACCAUCUGAGAGACCUGCUGGGUCACCCUUUCUUUUGGACUUGGGAGAGCCGCUAUAGGACCCUUAGGGACGUGGGCAAUGAAUCUGACAUCAAAACUCGGAAUCUGAACAGCAAUAUCCUCCAACUCCUGCAGCCUGGACCACCAGAUUGUUCCAAAAGUUUUUACCAGUGGACCUCUAAGAUUGACGAAUAUGUUAUGGAAAAAAUGAAUGAGUUUUAUAAAAAAAACUGCAAUUUUUAUAAAGAUACUGUCGGGGAUCUGCUAAAGUUCAUCCGGAAUUUGGGGGAACACAUUGAUGAAAAAAAAAAUAUAAGAAUGAAGUCGAAAAUUCAAGACCCUUCCCAGUAUUUUCAGAAGAAAUUUCCUGAUCUGAUCAUCUACAUCUACCUACAACUACGGAACACAGAGUACAAAAGGCAUUUCCCCAAAGUGCACAAUGGGGAUGAUGGUGGCCAGCAGGCUAGCCAGCUGUGAGUGCUGACCGAGCCUUCUGAGUUCAGCAGUUCCUCAUUAGCUGUGUGACCCUGGGCAAGUCACAGCUCUCUGGGCGUCUUGACUAACCUGGAUGCUUGCGAGGGAUGAGUUGGAUGGCUGAUGGCCGUUCCUGGCAAUGUGCCCAGCAUUUCCUAUACAUUUAUAAUUUAAAAAAAGUAUAUGCCCAAAUUACCCUGGUGCUCUUGGGGGAAAAGUCAGAGGCAGGAGCUGGAAGGGCAUCCUGCUGAGAUUCCUCUUGUCUAUUGCACUGAAGAAGUGAGUGCCUAAACCUCUAAUACUUACUGUAUGUUAUACCAAUUAUCUCAUGUAAUUAUCCCAAUGGUCUUGCAACAUGGGUUAAUAUCCCCAUUUAAGAACUGAUGAACUUGAGACUCAGUUUAAACUACUCGCCUCAGACCAUACGACUGGUACAGAGCACUGUAUGGGUGGAGGUGGUGUUGUUACCUCUUACGAAGGCAUCUUAGAACUUCAUUACUAGUCCAGGGAUCAUCUGGAUGAAACCUAAAAGGAAUCUGUCAAAAGGGCUCCUGGUGGCUUCAUUCAUUCAUUCAUUCAUUCAUUCAUUCAUUCAUUAUUGAGCACAAGUCAAGACACUCAUUUAUUUAUGAAUUUCAUUCCCUCUAGAAUGGCCUGCACUGGUUUUCUAUGGAUUUAAGGCAGUAGCACUCAACUGGGAGCAAUUUUGCCUCUCAGGGGCCAUUUGGUAGUGUCUCUGGAUGUUUUUGGUUGUCAAAGCUGGAGGUGCUAAUAACCCCGCACCUAGUACGGGUUAUUAGCACCUAGUACAUGGAGGUCAGGGAUACUGCCACACAUUCUACAAUGCACAGGCUAGCCCCCCACAUCAAAGAGUUACCCAGCCUAAAGUACCAGUGGUAUUGAGGUUGAGAAACUGCCUUAAGGGGCUGGGACACUUUGGAACUGGCUCGGGGCCCGGGCCCAAGGAGCAUGUGGGCCAUCUCACCACGUAUGACUUGGGUUUGCUGUUUUGAUUUGGGAUCUGUAGUGAGCCACUUCCAGUUUUGCCCCCUCAGAAGUCCUCUGAACACCCUCGCCUUCCACACCUCAGUCAGGGGGCUCUUUCUGACUCCUUGGCACCCAAAGCCACAUCAGAGGUUGCUUCUCCCCACCUUGUAUAUUAUGAUAUAUAUUAAGAAGAUAUAUGUAAAGAGAAUAUAAACAGAUGUGAUGGAAGUGUUUUGUUAAAAAUCUAAUUUAUAUUAUUUGAUAAAUAAUACCGUGGAGGGAUCAGUAGUAAGAAACAGCCACACUCUCAUUACGAUGAUGAACUUCACAAUUUCCAUGUUCUAUCUCAGACUUGGUUGACAAGCAUAGGAGAGUUUUGCAUAAUUGACAACCGAGUGUAUUAUUUCAUUCUGAUGUUGCUUUUUAAACUUAUUAUAUUAAAAACAAUAUCAUUGAUUUAUUGUAAUUAUUUUAAGUGACUGUAUAAUGCACUAUCAAGUUAAGAUGUUAAAAAUUGUCUAAACAUUUCCUUUUGGCUUGUUUUUAGCUCACUUCCUCUUAGGAAUAUGAAUAACACUCCAAGGAGCUACUUGAAGCAUGUAACUUCUUCCCUUUAUAAAUAAAAAAUUGUAGUUGGUACUUGAAAUAUGUGAGA